AUGUAUCUUGCUAAUGCUACGAGACCUGACAUAGAAUUUUCUGUUAAUUUGUUAGCAAGAUAUAGUUCUUCCCCUACACGAAGAUAUUGGAAUGAAAUUAAACAUAUAUUGCGAUAUCUAAAGGGGACUAGUGAUAUGGGUCUAUUUUAUACUAACAAAGAUAGUGCAGAUCUUGUUGGUCAUGCAGAUGCAGGUUAUUUAUCUGACCCACAUAAAGCUCGAUCUCAAACACGCUAUUUAUUUACAUACAGAGGUACUGCUGUAUCAUGGCGAUCUACAAAGCAGUCUAUUGUCGCUAUUUUUUCAAAUCAUGCUGAGAUAAUAGCUAUUCACGAAGCAAGUAGAGAAUGUGUAUGGUUGAGAUCAGUGAUACAUUUCACCAAAGAAGAUGUGAAGAACGGUGAUAUUGAUAUACAACAAAUACGUUCAAGUGAUAAUCCAACAGAUUUAUUCACCAAAUCUUUACCAACCUCAACCCUUGAGAAGAUGCUGCAAAAGAUUGGAAUGCGAAGACUUGCAUCUGAAUAG